AUGCAGAUUUUUGUAAAGACUUUGACUGGAAAGACCAUUACUCUGGAAGUGGAAUCUUCGGACACUAUUGACAACGUGAAGAGCAAGAUUCAAGACAAGGAAGGUAUUCCACCAGACCAGCAAAGAUUGAUUUUUGCAGGAAAACAAUUGGAAGAUGGCAGAACUUUGUCUGACUACAAUAUCCAAAAGGAAUCGACUCUCCACUUGGUGCUCAGACUGCGCGGUGGUAUGCAGAUUUUUGUGAAAACCUUGACCGGAAAGACCAUUACUCUGGAAGUGGAGUCUUCUGACACUAUUGACAACGUGAAGAGCAAGAUUCAGGAUAAGGAGGGUAUUCCACCAGACCAGCAAAGAUUGAUUUUUGCGGGAAAACAAUUGGAAGAUGGCAGAACUUUGUCUGACUACAACAUCCAAAAGGAAUCGACUCUCCACUUGGUGCUCAGAUUGCGUGGUGGUAUGCAGAUUUUCGUGAAAACCUUGACCGGAAAGACCAUCACUCUAGAGGUGGAAUCUUCUGACACUAUUGACAACGUGAAGAGCAAGAUUCAAGACAAGGAGGGUAUUCCACCAGACCAGCAAAGAUUGAUUUUUGCAGGAAAACAAUUGGAAGAUGGCAGAACUUUGUCUGACUACAAUAUACAAAAGGAAUCGACUCUCCACUUGGUGCUCAGACUACGGGGCGGUAUUUGA